CAACAUCAUUCAGUUAUCUGACAUCUUGGAGAAGAGAUAUACAAUAUUUUUGUGCUCAAUAAGUAGAAAAUGUUCAAGAUUGUGUCGUUCGCUGCUUUGUUGGCGGUUGCCAACGCUGGAGGACCGAUUGGAUAUGCUGCCCCCGCCUACGCCACGGCUGCUAUCGCUCCAGCCUACCACCAAUAUGCUGCCCCAGCUCAAGUAGUUCGAGCUGCUCCAGCGUUCCAAGCCAUCCACGCAGCUCCGGCUUAUCCCGUCCAUGCGGCACCCAUUGCCACCGUUGCUAAAGUCCCAGUCCGAGCUGAACCCUUCGACCCUCAUCCACAGUAUAACUUCGGCUAUGCUGUCCAUGACUCUCUCACUGGAGAUCACCACUCCCACUCCGAAUCUCGGGAUGGAGAUGUCGUCAAGGGACAAUACUCUCUCGUCGAGCCCGACGGUUCCAUCCGCACCGUGACCUACACUGCCGAUGCCAUCAAUGGAUUCAAUGCUGUCGUUGAUCGACAAGCCCCCGGUCAUGUUGUGAAGCCAGUUGUGGCUGCUGCCCCAAUUCACACUGUCGCAGCUGCCCACCCACAACAAAUCCACGCUAUCCAAGCAGCACACCCACAACAAAUUCACGCAAUUCAGGCUGCCCACCCACAACAAAUCCAUGCCGUCCAAGCCGGAUACCCACAACAGAUUCACGCCGUCCAAGCAGCGCCAGUUAUUGCCCACCAUCGUCCACUCGCCGCUAUUCCAAACCAAAUUCAUGCAGUGCAUGCUAAUCAAGGAAUUUAUGCCGUUAACGCACAACGCGGCUAUUAUUAAGUGUUAUUUUUAUAGCUAAACUGCUACAAGUUACUAUUUUCAUACGCUUCUUAUUUCUUCUAUGCAUAUCUUUAGUGUGUCUGUAGCCUAAAUCAUCCCUUGAAAGAGGAGUUCCUACAUAUUCUUCGUACGUUAUUCUUCAACUAUUCUUCGACUCUGAAAUGCAUCCGUUUAUUCCUCUUGCUCCCUAUGAACUGUGGUCUCUGUUUCGAGCUUUAAAUUUUUGUGAUUUGUCCAGAUGUCUUUACUUUCAAAUAAGUACUGAAUAAAUUAUAUAUACGUAAAUUGGUAGACUAAUAA